ACAGAGGGAGACAGACAGAGCGAAUGAGAGAUAGAGUGAGAGGCAAAGCUUAUGUUGUACUUCUUGUGCUCUGUUAAAAAGUAAGCAACGUCACAACAUAUAUCACAGAGAAUAGAAACUCUUUUUUAUUCUGCUUCUUCUUAUCUACCACCAGGAUUAUGUUUCACAGCUGAAGUUUUUUUCCUCAUCACCUGUUGAAGACACAGAGAAUGCCGCUCAGGAGGAUUCUUUGCAACAAGAGCCUGUCCUGAAUGUGUUCCACAGCCAACUAUGUUCUCCCAUUGAGGAGAACCUGUGAGGUAUUAGCCACCCCAGGCAGGCUGUGUGGGGGAGUGCCCAUGCCCACCAAUUUCCCUGGAUCCCGGUCUCAUGGAACCCCUCAGGACACAGACAUGGAUUUGGCCUGGCAGGAGCUGAUGGCCAUCACAGAGCUCCAGGAGUUUGAAGUCCCUGGUGAAGGUCCUUACGAAACAACACCGUACCACACCAUGGACCCCAUGGUCGCCAUGGGAGGGUACGGAGCUUCUCAGUCCCAUCAUGAACCCCUUCCUGCUGCUUGUGAUCUCAAUCCUGCUGCUGCUUAUGAGGCAUCUUACUCUGACAUGGCACCGGCCUGCCACCGUCUGAGCAGCAACGCAGAGGGAAUGUAUGGGCACUCUGGACCUCAGCUCAACUCAAGAAUGCUCCCCACCUCCUCACCAACACAACCCUCGCUCAUGGCCCUUAGGGAACAGAUGAACAUGUCAGGUACCAGCGAAAGGCACAGGAAAACCAACACCUGUCUCUCUCAGGGUCUAAGUCGGCACAUGCUGUGGACUAUGCAGGGGCAGAACUCGCACCCUCGUUCAGCCGAUGAUCUGGAAUCAGACUCCGGUCUGUCUCUGGGUUCGAGUCCACCUCUGGCCUCCCCAGACAACGCUGCAACCAGUGCACCAGGUUACCAUAACACAGAUGUAGGCAUGACUUACAGCGAUGGUGAGACAGACAGCAUUACUGGGCAAGCCAGAGGAGCACACAUCCAGUACUCAAUGGACUAUCAGUGCCAGCCUCUCUCAUACCUGUACUCAGGAGCACAUUCAUCUUAUUACUCAUCCCACCCCACUUCAUCUCAUACACAACCCAAUGCUCUGACUUCUGCAUCAAUGAAACAACAGCCAGGUCAAGUCAGCGCUCUGAAUGACUUGCACAUAAAUGACUCUGUAGUGUCCAGCAGAGGGAGCUCCCAACAAACCAUGUAUGUGAAGCCACAAGGGAACAGCUCUGCCCCAGCUCCACUGAGCAGAGACGAGCGGCGGGCCAUGGCUUUAAAGAUCCCCUUCCCCAUGGAUAAGAUCAUCAAUUUGCCAGUGGAUGACUUCAAUGAGCUUUUGACACAAUAUACUCUGACAGAUACUCAGCUGGCUCUGGUCAGGGACAUAAGACGAAGGGGGAAGAAUAAGGUGGCAGCUCAGAACUGCAGGAAGAGGAAGCUGGAGAAUAUAGUCCACCUUGAGGGGGAGCUAAGACAACUGCAGGCCCAAAGGGAGCACCUGGCACAGGAAAGGCUUGAGUUCCAACGCAGCUUAAGUUUCAUUAAAUGCCAUCUUACAGACCUCUACACAGAAGUGUUUUCUCACUUGCGGGAUGAAGAUGGACAGCCAUACUCUAUAGAUGAAUACUCGCUACAGCAAACCCCUGAUGGUAAAAUCUAUUUGGUACCUCGCACAGCUAUGCAGGGAAGAGAGUAAUGCUUAAGCAUCAGGAAGUCCUUCACUGUCUUAUUUAUACCAACUCAGAAAACAGUACAAUGCCUUGCUGUGCCAAUUACAGUCCUUAGCAUUAAGACUUAAACUUGUACAUGUGGCUGUGAUCUCACCC